GGAGAAGUAUAUUUGGUAUAAAAAGAAACGGAUUCCGUUAUAGACUGAAUAAAGUGCAUCGAUUUUUCGUAACGGCAGGAUCUUGCUCUCAUUAGAGUCAAAUCUCUCAUAUCUCUAGAGUUUCUUCAAGAAUAUUGAAAAAGUUUGUGGUUCAGAUAUGUUACUAUAAUUAGGUUUCCUACAACGUAAACUACUAACGAAAAAAAUUGCGUUUAAAAUGCGUUUAAUACUACUCAAUUUGGUUGUCAUCGCAUCUUUUGCAAUGCUAAUUUCAACGGUAGUGGGACAGCCGCAACCAGAACCAGAACCGGAGGUGGAUUCGGAGGGGGAGGAAGAGGACGAUGAGGACGAGGAAGUGGAUCCGGUCCAGCAAAUGGCGGCCUUCCGGACCAACUUGAGAGGAUACCAAGAGAACGACCCGUGCAGAGACCACCUGUUUGACGAAGAGGAAGAAUCCACAUGGAGAGUCACCGACCCGCGUGCGAGGCGCAACUGUCGUCACGCUUUGAACGCCUUUCUGAGUCUGACCGAGGAGGAGAUCGACCGCGCCUGCCCGGGGGCGCAGCAGGCCAAGUGCCGCAGGCUCGGAAGGGUCCGCUUCGAGUGCACGUUCAUGUGCCGGCCCUCGCUGUCCGAGAGGAACGCCGCUCUGGCCGCCGGCCGUCAAAUCAAUCGCCGACUCAAGGCCAAGUUCCUGUCCCACAUCGUCCCGAUGAUUAAUCGCGAAUAAUGAAGGUCACCACCAAUCUACAGUUACUAUACACUGUUAAAAAUUUAUGAUUUACUCUGAGUGAAUAGCCGGCGUGAAAAAAAAAA